GCACACAGUGUUUGUUGUUUUCGAACAACAAAGACGCACUCGGGCGGCGCAAUUCAUUUUUGUUUAAGUUGCCAGACAAGUUCUGUGUGCAUUCGGGGGAAGGUAAACAAUUGUGCAAGUGUUGGCCGAAACGAUUGAAACGCCUCCUCACGUUCUCUCUAUAAACAAAAUACGUUGCAACAAUGGCUUCGCAUUUCUUUCGCACUGCAUUUUACGCAACUGCAGCGAAAAAAUCAAUAAAUCUACCGUUUGCCGCCGGCCGCACGGCCGCAACACUUGCCGUGGGCCUCUCCUUUGGUGCACAGAACAAUUGUGCAUCCGGCGUGCCGUAUGAGAACGUCUAUGCGGAUAGAUUUUUUGGCAUCUCCGGCGGACUCCCCAUCGCCGGCAAGGACAAGGGCCUAUUGCAGGGACCGCUAGCCGACUGCCGCCAGGGCAUGCAAAAGCCGAUCACUCGCAAUUUUUCAAGCCUGCAAACGCAACUGGUGGGUCAUAGCGCCAUGGCCCCGUUGAAGAACCGCCGGUAUUUGUCCUCCAAGGAUAUUACCAAAAAUAUGACGCUCUAUACGAAUAACAAGGUGAACAUCGAGGUGGAUCCCAAGACGCUGGCCUUCAAGAAGCCCACUGGAAAUCCGCUGGUGCUAAUGAUGGCCUGGCUGAUGGCCAAGCAGAAGCAUUUGAAGAAAUAUGCGCAAAUCUACACGGAAAUGGGCUUCGAUGUGAUGGUGGUGCACAUUACGCCCUGGCAGCUGCUCUGGCCGGCCAAGGGUACUCAGGUGGUCGCGGCUGAAACGAUAAAAUUUCUGGAGAACAAUAAAUCGUAUGCGCCGAUUGUAAUGCACGGCUUCUCGGUGGGUGCAUAUCAAAUGGGCGAGAUAAUGUUGCAAAUGUCGCGUGAUAUGGAACGAUAUAGCAGCAUAUUGGAUCGGUUCGUUUGCCAGAUCUGGGACAGUGCCGCGGACAUUACCGAAAUCCCAGUGGGCGUGCCCAAGUCGAUAUUCCCAAAGAACGAGCGCAUGCAGAGCGCCCUGCGCAACUAUACCCUGUACCAUUUGAAGACAUUCCAUAACCAGGCCACCAUACAUUAUAUGCGCUCCAGCCAGAUGUUCCACUCCACGCUACUCAAGGCACCGGCGCUGUUCUUUGUCUCCGAGAAUGAUCCGAUCGGCCCGCCUUCCUCCAAUCAGGCUGUGCGCGAGAACUGGGAGCGCGCCAACAUAAAGGUGACUUUCAAGUGCUGGCAACGCUCACAGCAUGCGGCCCAUUUGAUCAAGCAUCGUGAUGAGUAUUUGGAGACGCUCUUCCAGCAUUUGGAGAGCUGCGGUGUCCUCGAGUCUGUGGGCGUGGCCAAGCGAGCCAAGUUGUAACAUGUCUCGCCGCUCAAUUUGGGUGAUAAAAAAAAAGAACUAAAACUAAAAGAAAAACAGAAACAUAAAAUAUUUCGACGA